CAGAAUAAAUUUGGAUGUGAUGGGACAGCGAAAGUCAAACAUUAUCACACUGUCCUGAUCGAAAUGUCCUUUGGACUAGCCACUCCAUAGGAUGUGAAUGCCCAGCAUCAAUCUAUAGAGGUCUUACAGGUGGACAGAUAUGUUGUCCCAGAAGUCAAGGCUGUUGUACAAUGUUGGCCAGAGGUUUGGAGGGAUCAUCCAUAAACAGUUGAAGGCAACAGUGGCUGCUACUGAUGUUAACCCAUUUUACUAUCAGGAUAUACUUGAGAUGGAGAGAAAGCCAAGCAUUCAAUGGAAGAAGCUUACAGGUGAUUAUGUGUCAACUUUCGAAGUGAAGGGAAAAAAGUGUUUGCAAGUGGAGCCAGAAGCUCUCACAAUGAUAUCAGAGCAGGCCAUGGUUGAUAUUGCACAUCUUCUUAGACCAGCACAUCUACAGCAAUUGUCUAAUAUACUGAAGGAUCCAGAGUCCUCGAGUAACGACAAGUUUGUGGCACUUGAACUACUGAAGAAUGCAAGUAUUGCUGCAAAUAUGGUGCUGCCUGGUUGCCAGGAUACAGGGACAGCUAUAUGUAUGGGAAAGAAAGGACAGUAUGUAUGGACAGAUGGCAAUGAUGCUGAGGCAAUAUCUCGAGGUAUCUACAAUACGUACACACAGAAAAAUCUCAGAUACUCACAGGUUUCGCCGCUGGACAUGUAUAAGGAAGUAAACACAAAGACUAACCUUCCGGCACAGAUUGAGAUUUAUUCCCAGAAAGGCAAUCAGUACGACUUCUUAUUUAUCGCUAAAGGGGGCGGCUCGGCCAACAAAACAUUCCUAUAUCAACAAACAAAAGCACUUCUGAAUCCAGAAAGAUUGCUGAAAUUUGUUGAUGAAAAAGUUAAGACUUUGGGAACUGCUGCUUGUCCUCCAUACCAUUUGGCUUUUGUAGUUGGGGGAACAUCAGCAGAGUUCAAUCUGAAAACAGUUAAACUGGCCUCAGCCAAGUAUUUAGAUACAUUACCCACUACAGGCAAUGAGCAUGGUAGAGCAUUCCGUGACCUUGACCUUGAGAAUGAGAUACAUCAGCUGACUCAGCGUAUGGGUAUAGGUGCACAGUUUGGUGGCAAAUAUUUCUGUCAUGACGUGAGGGUUGUUAGACUGCCUAGACAUGGAGCGUCGUGCCCUGUUGGCAUUGGUGUAUCGUGUUCAGCUGAUAGACAGAUUGUGGGUAAGAUCAGUGAAGAGGGUGUGUUCUUGGAACAGCUGGAAACUAACCCAGAUAAAUAUUUACCCGAGAUAAGUGAUAAAGAUCUGGGUAGUGAUGUAGUAAAGAUUGAUUUGAACAAACCUAUGUCAGAGGUACUUAACUUACUUGACCAGUAUCCAAUCAGAACGAGGCUGAGUUUAACAGGUACGCUGAUCGUGGCACGAGAUAUUGCACACGCCAAGCUAGAGGAGAGAUUAGAUAGUGGUGACGGAUUACCAGAAUAUUUCAAGAAACAUCCUGUAUACUAUGCUGGUCCAGCGAAAACACCUGAGGGUUAUGCCAGUGGAUCAUUUGGGCCUACGACUGCAGGACGUAUGGACAGUUAUGUUGAUAAGUUCCAGGCUGCUGGAGGCAGUAUGAUUAUGUUGGCUAAAGGCAACAGGAGUAAACAGGUAACAAAAGCUUGUAAGAAGCAUGGAGGUUUUUACCUUGGCUCUAUUGGUGGACCGGCAGCUAUUCUAGCCAAAAAUUGUAUACAUAAAGUGGAACAAUUGGAGUAUCCUGAAUUAGGUAUGGAAGCUAUAUGGAGAGUGGAAGUGAAAAAUUUCCCAGCAUUCAUUGUUGUUGAUAACAAAGGAAAUGACUUCUUUGAUGAAUGGCAGGUGGAAUAAACCCUCUGAAUAAGACUGUAAUAAAAUGAUUCCCAGUGAUACAAUCUGUUACUUGAAAUAGAUUCAAGAAAUGAAAAUAUAAGACAUUAAAGCAUGUUAUUUGAUACUGAUAUUUCAACAUGGACAAAUUGAAUUUCAGAAUUGAAACUAAAACAGAACACUAGGUGGAGUUUAGCUGUAAUAUUAAAAUUAAUACAUAACACUUGAUGAAGUGUAACUGUAACACAAGCAAGACAGUUUGAAUUUGACCCAUCCAUAAAAUAUUGCAAGAUUCAAACCUCAACAAAGGACUGAACAAGGAGUGUGAAUUAAGAAUUCUCACCGAAAAAAUCAUGUAACAGUUUUAAGUUUAAUGAAAUACAGAUUCAGGCCCAAAUAAUACUGGUAUAGUAAUGUUGGUAAAUAUGGAGAAAUUAUAAAUGCUUCAUAUUUGUCUAUAUUAAUUUAAGUGUAGUUUAGAAUCAUUCUGAUACAUCAUUUGUAUAUUUUAGGUAAUGAAUAUUUAGGAGUAGAAAGUGAUAUAGAUUUCGAUAUUACAAAUUUGUUUUAACUCGACUUUUCAAAGAAAACUUACAGCUAUUCAACUUGCCCAGGGGACACUGUUAAAGUUUUUGUUGAAGUCAGAUAUCUCUGUUACUAUCAAAGCUUUAGACUUGAAGCUUAAAAUAUUUAUUUAUUAUCAAAGUCUACACCAGGAAAAACAAUCCAAAUAUCUCUGAUUUGAAUUUUGACAGAGUUAUGACCCUUUUUAAGUUAAACUUUUUUUUCUUUUUUUUUGAUGAAGUCAAAUAUUUCUUUGAUCGAGUUAUGCCCCUUUUACUGGCAAAGCUGUAAUUGAGAGUCACACACUGAGAAAAGUUGAGUAUGCUGUGUUAUGGACAGCUCUUGAUCAGUUUAAUUGUUUGAAAGUGUGACACUGUGUAGUAUGCAGAUUAUUAUAUGUAAAUGAUAUACCAAAUGGAGAAGUUGUUUGUUUAGGUAAACAAGGUUUUAAUAUGAUAUUUUUCGUAAGUCGUAAUUUAAUUGACCAUUUCAGUAAAUACCUACUAAAACAAGUCUUUUAAGAAUGAAUGCGUAAUAUAAGAACUUUGCAUUCAAUUCUUACAGGAAAAGUGUUUUCCCUUCAGAAAGAGCUAUUGUGAAUGGUAGACAGUACUUAUAGCUUUUUAGUCCCCGACCUUAAAGCCGCGGGGGACUUAGCUUGGUCCCAUUUUGUCAACUUGUCGCACAAAAUGGGAUCCUUUGAUUACUUUUUCAAGUACAGGGUUGUUUUUUUUUUUUCAUAAAACUUGGAACAUGGAUAGAUGGCAACAUGGAGAAUAUGCACAUCCUUCUAUUCUGUUGCUGUGGCAACACGGGUUACUGUGGCAACAAAUAGUCUUCUGAAUUAUGACCAAAAUAGUGGCAAAAUCGGAUCCUGCCAUUGCUUUUAAAGUACAUGGUAUUUUCCAUAAAAUUUUGAACAUGGAUAAAUGUAAAUUAUGGAAAAUGCACUUUUGUUUUGUUUCUAUGGCAACAGUUUUAGUUGUCAUGGUAAAGUAAAAUCAAUAUGACAAAGAUGUUUCUUUUGAUCACUUGAAAGUGUAAGAGUCUUUUUGUUGUUUUUUUCCCUAAAAUCUGAUAUAAAGAUAGAAAGUGGUAUGGAGAAUACAGGUUCUACAUGUCAAUUUUAAAACUUUUUUAUUUAUUUUCUUUGUCUGUCUGUGUUCAUUUACCUUUAGUCAUAAAUGCUUGCUAUAAAUUUGAAAGUAUAAAAGACUUCUUACAAAAGAACAUCUAUAAAUAAAUAAGUACAGUUAUAAUUUAUCUGGUGUUCAGGGGUGUUGUACCUCUAUUACAUUCUUUCUUAGUUGAUUAAAAGAACAUUUAGUGAUAGAAGUUAAUAUAGAAAAUAGGCAUAUCACUUUAAAUUUUUUUUGUUUUGUCUGUCCAAUUAUUUGUUUGUCCAUACUUCAGUCACAGAAGGUAUUUAUAUAUACAAGAGAUUUUAUUAUGAGUCCUGAAUUCUAGAUGAUGGGUAAUUUGUGGAAUAUGCAGGUCCUUGGAUUUAGUUUAAAUACAUAUUAAAACAUUUGUUCUUAGGCGUAAAAAAAAAAAUUGUUUGUUUCCGGUAUCCCAACCUACCCUAAAUAUUUGGCCCGACCCUAAAUGUUUUUAUGGCCUUGGAGAAUAAUUUUUUCAACUUUUUGACAAAAAGUUGCCAAACUGCACUUUUUAUGCUUAAAACAUGGUCAGUGAUGUUAGAAAUCAACUUCCUGAUGCUCUAAAGGCAUAACCCCCCUAUUUGUAUUCAUUUUUUGACAAAAAAAUAAUUUCCGAAGAGUCUCCCUUAAUAAAAAAAAAUUCCAAAAAAAAAAAUUUUUCCGACCUACCUACCCUAAUUUUUUUGAGCAUGUUACCGGAAACAAAGAAUUUUUUUUUUUAGGCCUUAGGGCAAAAUACAAAUAAUUCCACUUCCAUUGCUGGACAAUAGUUUGUAUCUUUUGAUUUUUUUAUAAGAUAAAAUGACAUAAUUCAACUGCAGUUCUUUUUUCAAAUUAAGUGUAUUAUCUUUGAAAUUGCUUUAGUGUUAAACACCUAUCAAAACCAACAGUUUUUCAAUAGAGUAAAAUAAUAAUGGAGGUACUGAAGAGUCCAAUUUCCAUAUACAUUAAAGCAAUGCUCACUUAAAGGUGCAAAAUAAAGACAAAUGAAUAGACAUAAAUCUUAAAAAAAGACUACACAUUUUGAAAUAUAGUACUUAACAUUACGAUAACCAUGCAAUAUUCCCUUGAAAUCAACACAUGUACAGAGAAACAAAUGAUUGUUUCUGUAUUUUCUUAGACUGACAUGGGGGGUCAUUUUAUCCUACAUUCGUGUUUAUCGCUUUUCCGUAAUCGGUCGGAAAUUCUUCGGGAUCACGUGAUUUUAAAAUUGUUUCAAACGAAUAUCCAUUUAAGACGCACAACAAAAUAACUGUAUUUCCAUGAUGGUAAUUAUGCACGACUUGCACGAAAAAUAUGAGAUGUACAAAAUUUAAAUUUAAAAUUGACAGUGACAUAUAUUAGGCCAAGACAAUGUGUUUAAUAUCUAAAAUCUUAUUAAAUUAUUGUAGCCAUGUGUACAUAAAUAAGUGUAUUUAGGUAAAUUUCAAUCAUCCUUUGUUUCUGCAGUGUAAGACAGUUACUCAUUUAUAUUCUUAAAAUUAUACUGAAAAGAGAUUAACUGAAAAAGUUUACAGACGAAGUUGUAAAAACACUUUUAUUCGGGAAUGGUCUGAAUUGUCCUAAUGAAAACUUGUAGUAUAGCUGUAUAUUACCUGUAUUAUAAGAAUGAUUUUCAUGAAAUUUUUGUGAGUUACAAAAUUGUUGAAUUCCAUGUGCUAAGUUUGUAAAAAUCACGUUAUCGGUUGGGCAUAUGAUAUAUUUUGCAUCUAUUUAUAAAUUAUAGCCUCGUUUCGGAGGAUUCUUCCGAAAAAGUCCGAAGAUGCUCGAUGGUUUCGUAAGCAUUCGGAAAGCAUACUUUCGGUUUGACAUAGGCAACAUUUUUUGUUUAUUUGUUAGUUAUUCUUGAACAUAUUCAUGACUAUUUGGUCAGAACCGAUGCAGUGGGCCAUAUUUUCAGUAAAUAGGAAGUCUCAGCUGCAAACUCUGGUUUUCAUAUAAUACUCGUUCGGGUUUUAGUAAUGGACCUUUAAGCAUCAAUAACUUCGACACCAAGAGAUAACUUGAACAAUUAAUUUUUAUGCCCCUGAAGGGAGGCAUAUUAGUUUUCAACUGUCUGUCCGUUCUUUCGUAAGUUCGUUCGUCAUAAUGUUAACUUUUUGUAUGAAGGCACUUACUCGCGAACCACUACACCCAGGACUUUCAAACUACACUUGCUGAUAGUACUUAUUGAGUACAUGACCCCUACUGACUUUUGAGGUCACCAGUCAAAGGUCAAGGUCAUAGGGACCAAUGUUAGAUUUUUGCUUGAGGGCACUUUACUCGCGAACCACUGCACCCAAGACCUUCAAUCUUCACAUGCUGAUAGUACUUAUUGAUUACACGGCCCCUACUGAGUUUUGGGUAACAAGAUCAAAGGUCAAGGUCACAGGGGCCAAUUUUAACUUUCUGCAUAAAGGCACUUUACUCAUGAACCACUGCACCCAGGACCUUCAGACUUCACAUGCUAAUAGUACUUAUUGAGUACACAACUCCUUUUUGGGGGUCACCAGGUCAAAGGUCAAGGCGCUGCGGGGGCAUUUGUCACCAUUAGUAACAGCUCUUUUGGUUUUAGUUGUUGUUUUCUUUACUGUUUCUAAGUUUGAAUCACUUGAAACCCUGCAUAACUUGAGUAUUUUACAUAAUCCUCUUGUGACCCCUAGAGAUCAGUGUUUUGCUAUAUUUGAUAAACACAUACUAGAUAUGUUUUGAAUUUAGUGAUAAAAUUGUUCUUUUGUUUUUCUGUAUUAUCAGCAAUGCACUCCAUAUACCGUAGAUACCAUUGUUUGAUAUGUACCCAUGUAUAAUACGCACCUUCAGUUGUAGCCCCAAAUCUUUGGACUUGUUUUUGGUUUUUUGUCACUAUGAAACUAAGUCAUAUGGCAACUUUCCAGAUUUUGAUGGUGGCAAAAGACCCAAAGGUGCACAUUUGGGCAUUAUCUCGGGCACAGAUCAGCACCUAGAGCCACUGACCUUCCAUAAGCCUGUUUGGUUGAAGAAUCCUACUCUUCUAGCAAGGGCCCCUGCUCACUCCAUAUAAUGAUACUAGGGACAAUAACAACAACUUACCGUAGUUCAAUUUUCAGUUUUUAUAUUUUCAUUUUAUCUAUUUAUGUAAAAGUUAAGUGCUAUAUCGUUUUGUUUUGUUGAUAUUAUACAUUGCAUACUGAAGAUCUUUAAAAAAAAACCCUGAUUUUAUUUUGUAUUUGAUAUGUAAUGCAUUGAAUGCUUGAUGCUUUUGAAAUAUUACAUGGUUUAAAAUGU